AAAAGUAAAACCUUUAUGGGUCGGUUCGAAUCUUCUAGAUUGAAGUCACCUUCUUCCUCUCAAUCCUUUCUUCCACACGCGUCUAGUUUCUUCCUCCCUCUUCCGUCUCCCUCUCUCUAAAUUUCUCUCUCUAUAAAUACUACCAUCACAUACACGCCUUGUUGCCUAAUUCAAAUCACAAAACUAGAAUCCCAAGAUAGCCCAGUAAUCAACAAUUCAGCAAAACCCUCAAUUUGUAUUUCAAAGAAAAGCAACUCAGACAGAGAAAGAGAAGAAGGUAGAGAGAGAAAGAGGAUAAAGAUGUGUUUGGUGUUCGUGUGCGAUGAGGACGAAAGGGUGAUAUCUAGGCAACCAGCACCAGGGUCGUGUCCGUACUGUGGAGGGAUGAUACAGGCCAUGGACGUUGAGAGUCAAUGGAGGUUCUGUUUCCUGCCUCUGUAUUUUAGGACCAAGAAAAAGUUCUAUUGCAGUAUGUGUGCUAGGCGUUUGGUCGUCAAAUACUAAGACUAUUUGUAGAUCGAAGACACUGCUUCUCUCCUCAUCAGAACAAUUGGAGACCGAUCUCAUAUGGGUUAGCUUGAUGAUUAAUGACUACUACUUUAAUUUGUUUGCUUUGUUUGCUCGCUUCGUCUUUUUUAUAUGUAUAUAUAUAAAUCAUAUGUUACAUAGGUAUGGAUAUAUUGAUGAUGAAAUACUUUUUUGGUAAAAUAUUACUUUGGUGUAUGAUGUAUCUUAGAAGUUUAUAGAAAUAAGGGGUAUUAAAUUCAGAAA